UGGAGAUAAUAUUUUGCAAAAGAAAAGAAACCUGUUCUCGAUGCUAAAUAUUAUAAUAUUUGUAUAAGAUAUUUGUGAUAUACAACAACAAUAGGCAGCAUUCCCCGAACCUGCAGCUCCUGUCAAAAAACAACCAGACCGUUAUUUCCGGCGUGACGAUCGAGUCUGUCCCAAAAAUACCUCUCAAUGCACCCUCGUGGACUCGCGCCAAGGGCCCUAUAGGUCUGCACUACAUGACGUCACCAAAGUGUAGACUCUGAGGAAGUCCACAAGGCCGGAGUGUGCCAUUUGGGACAGGGCCAAUGAGUGCAGGGAGUGAGUCCAUUGGGAGUGCUGAUGAGGAGCAGGUGCAGGUAAUCCAUGGUGAUGGGACGUUGACGAGGAAGUGAGUGCAGGUGUGAACACAAGGAGGAUGAUGGGAUAUGGAGUCCAGGACAGAACAGAACUGUGACACUUAUGUGAUUUGAUAUAUUUAAUAAAAUAAUAUUUGUUAUUUAUUGUGUAAAAGAUUAAAAUCGAACGAUUUUAGUAACCCAUUUCUUUUCUGUGUUCAGUAAUUGAAUGUAGCCUACUUGAAUGAAGAAAGCUUAAGAUUUUGUUUUCUAAAGCUCUCAUUAGAAAUAAAUGUUGACAUUUACAUUUCAUCUCCUGUCCUGUGCUCAUACGUCAGCUUCAUGAGGGUGUCUCCAAAUUUAAAGCUGCACAUCCAGUAAGGCAGGAUCUCAGCCACGGGAACAUCUUCUACCUUUAUGGGUGUUAAAGAUCUGAGAGAACGUUUACUUUAAUUUCAUUUGGACAGUGUGAGGCUUGGUGUUUGAACUUAACACAGUGGAUGAGAUUUACAGAACGAAGGAAUAAACAGCAAUGGAUCCUUCACUACAAAGUGAAACCCCUGCACUCAAGCAGAAAACAUCAGACUCACCAAUGUGCAGCUGUGUGUCCAUGAGGAGUAAUGCAUCUAAGCAAAUACAUGAUGAAUUCAAAGGUGACUGCACUUCUGAAGACAGGCAGAAAACAUCAGACUCACCAAUGUGCAGCUGUGUGUCCAUGAGGAGUAAUGCAUCUAAGCAAAUACAUGAUGAAUUCAAAGGUGACUGCACUUCUGAAGACAGGCAGAAAACAUCAGACUCACCAAUGUGCAGCUGUGUGUCCAUGAGGAGUAAUGCAUCUAAGCAAAUACAUGAUGAAUUCAAAGGUGACUGCACUUCUGAAGACAGGCAGAAAAUAUCAGGCUCACCAGAGCACAGCUGUGUGCCAAUGAAGAGUGAUGCUGGAAUAAAAUGUGACCACACUUCUGAGGACAGCAUUAAACUUAAAACAAAGCUGCAGAAGAAGUUUCAACAUCUGCAUGAGCCAAUAACAAAGCAAGGAAACCCAACACUCUUCAAUGAGAUCUACACUGAGCUCUCCAUCACAGAAGAUAGGGAGCAUAUUGAUGAAUAUGAGAUCAGACCGAUUGAAACAGCAGUAACAGAGAACAGACCAAUCAACUGCAAUGACAUCUUCAAAGAAUUACCAGGACAAAACAAGCGCAUCAGAUCUGUGUUGACUAAAGGAGUCGCUGGCAUUGGAAAAACAGUCUCUGUGCAGAAGUUCGUUCUGGACUGGGCUGAAGGGAAAAAAAAUCAAGACAUCCACAUCAUAUUUUCACUUCCUUUCAGAGAGCUCAAUUUGCUGAAGGAUGAAACAUUCAGUCUUAAAGAUCUUCUACAGUUUUUCAUGGACACAAAACAUCUGGAAAUCUCUCCAAAUGAAGAUAAAAUAAUUUUCAUCUUUGAUGGUUUGGAUGAGUGUCAUCUGUCUCUGGAUUUUCAGAACAACAUGAGGUUGUGUGAUGUGACUGAAUCAGCUUCAGUGGAUGUACUGCUGACGAACCUCAUUGUGGGGAAUCUGCUUCCCUCUGCUCUCAUCUGGAUCACCUCCAGACCAGCAGCAGCUGAUCUCAUCCCCUCUGAGUUUGUUGAUCGAGUGACAGAGGUACAAGGCUUCAACGACCCACAGAAGGAGGAAUACUUCAAGAAGAGAAUCAGAGAUCAGAGUCUGGCUGACAAAAUUGUCUCACACCUGAAGUCAUCAAUGAGCCUCUACAUCAUGUGCCAAAUCCCAGUGUUCUGCUGGAUCUCAGCCACUGUCCUAGAGAAGAUGUUGAGUGGAGCAGAUAGUGGAGAGAUUCCCAAGACUCUCAAUCAAAUGUACACACACUUCCUGAUCCUUCAGACCAACAUCAAACAUGAGAAGGACUAUGUGGAGAAAGCAAACGAUGAAGAAUUGAUCCUCAAAUUGGGGAAACUGGCUUUUCAAGAGCUUAUGAAACGCAAUGUGAUCUUCAAAGAAGAAGAUCUGAGAGAGUGUGGCAUUGAUGUGAAAGAGGCAGUUGUGUACUCAGGACUUUGUGCUCAUAUUGGAGAGGAGUUCAGUCUGCGUCAGAGGAAAGUCUGUUUUGUUCAUCUGAGCAUUCAGGAACAUCUGGCUGCUCUGUAUGUGCAUCAUACUUUUAUAACCCAGAAUAUCAAUGUGUUUGUCCAAAUGACUAAAUCAACACAUAGACAUGUUCCAAUAUCUGACCUGCACCAGAAAGCUGUCGAUAAAACCUUAGAAAGUAAAACUGGACACCUGGGACUAUUUCUUCGCUUUCUUCUGGGCUUCUCACUGGAGUCCAAUCAGACUCUCUUAAAAGCUCUUCUGGCACAGAUAGAAAGGAGAAACCACAGUUUAGAGGAAACAGUCAAUUACAUCAAGAAGAAGAUAGAGGAAGAUCCAACUCCAGAGAAAUUCAUUAAUCUGUUCCACUGCCUCCAUGAUCUGGGUGACAGUGAACUAGUGGAACAAAUUCAGCUUUAUCUCAAAUGUAGAGAUCCUUGUGAAGUGAAAGAAAAGUGCUGUGCUCCUCUGGCUGUAGCUCUCACCUCUGAGUAUUCAUGUGCAAAGGAAAUGAAUCUGAAUGGAAAUAAACUACGGGAUGCAGGAGUGAAAUUGCUCUCUGUAGUGCUGGGAAGUUCUCAUUGCACACUAGAGAUACUGAGGCUGAAAAAUUGUGGUGUCACAAAUGAAGGUUGUGCUUCUCUGGCUUUAGCUCUGAGAUUAAACCCCUCACACCUGAAACAUCUGGAUUUGUCAUUGAAUAAACUAGGAAAUAAAGGAGUGACGUAUCUGUCUAAUUCUCUCUGUAAAAUACAGAAACUUAAGCUGAGGGCUUGUGAUAUCACAGAUGAAGGUUGUGCUGCUCUGGCUUCAGGUCUGAAAUCAAACCCUUCACACCUGAGAGAGCUGGAUCUGUCGGAGAAUAAACUGGGAAAUUCCGGAAUUAAUUUUCUUGCUAAUGAACCAAAGUGUCCUACUCUCGGACUUGAAGAACUGUGGCUGAUUGCUUGUGGUAUCACUCAUGAAGGUUGUGCUGCUUUGGCUUCAGCUCUGACAUCAAACCUCUCACAGCUGAAAGAGCUGAAUCUGUCUAACAACGUCAUAGGAGACUCUGGGCUGAAGAGGCUGUCUGCUGCACUGGAGAGUGCUGACUGUAAACUAGAGACACUAGGGUUGAAUGAUUGUGGUGUCAGAGAUGAAGGUUGUGCUGCUCUGAUUUCUGCUCUGACAUCAAACCCCUCUCCUUUAAGUAAGCUGGAUCUGUCUGGGAAUGAAAUAGGAGCGUCAACAAUGGAGCAACUCUCAGCUCUUCAGGUUCAUUCCGAUAAUAAACUGAACAAAGUCAAAUCAUUGGUGUGUUCGUGCAGUGUUAGUUCUGGCUGUGUUUGAGCCUCUCUGGCCUUGUUCCUGUUCUGGAUAUUCCACGUUGAGGCAGUUUUGGAUUACCUAUUGGAUUCUUGUUGGAGGACUGGUUUGCCCAUUGCAGUCUCUGCACUACCAAGAAAGACUUUGCCAUCUGCACCCAUGACGUCUGACCCUUGCUAUCUUUUCUGAUGCUAUUUUUCCUUUAUAAACAGAUAUUUGUACUAAUAUUAAACAGAUAUCUGUACUUAUAUUUUGCUUGAUUAUAUUAGGGUCUGUCCAAACAAAAAAAGCCUUAAGAGUUUUUUCUUACUCCCUACACAAAUUUAAGAAGAGUGAUCGUUUAUAUGAAAAUUAGAGAUGAAGAGUAUAAAUGUGAUGUAAUAACUUAAAUUUGAUUGUUUUCAUAUUUUUUUAGAAGAUUUUUACCUUAGUGAAGCAUUGUAAUAGAUGUAGUGAUUAGUUAUCAAUGAAUGAUAAAAAGGGGGGAAUUGUGGAAGAAAUUUUGAGCUUCUAUAUAAUUUCCAUAUGAUUUUACUCAUGCUUAUGGUUAAAUGAUUUUGUUUUUCUCAGAAGUGCUUAAGUAUGCAUUCUUUGGGUGACAGGUGGAAACAUAAUGAAGUGGUAAUCAUAUGGUUCCUAAUAUGGUAAAAGGACAGAGGCUUCAGCCUUGGAGGUUAGAGAUAUAAAAGUGAGGGGAAACUUUCAUCCUUUGUCUUAUACUCUGCAGCUACUUGUGUGUCUGUAUGACUGUCUGACCUUUCUUGCAAGAAAUAAAACUUUCGAAAGACAA